AUGGUGAAGAUUAAGGGCAUAUGCAAUAUAUUGGAAGGGUUGAAACCAGCCAUGCUAAUGGUGUUUGUGCAGAUUGCAUAUGCUGCGGUGAAUGUGCUUUACAAGCUCGCCAUAAAUGAUGGAAUGAGCAUGAGAGUAGCUACUGCUUAUCGCCUCACUUUUGCAGCGGCUUUCACUAUCCCUCUUGCUCUUAUCUAUGAUAGGAAGAAGAGACCAAAGAUUACUUGGAGAGUGCUUUCCAUGGCAUUUCUUAGUGGAUUGUUUGGGGGUAGUUUAUCUUUAAACCUAUACUCCGAGGGCCUGGCUUUAACGUCAGCAACGUUUAUGUUGGCCAUGCUCAACCUUAUUCCGGGCAUUACCUACAUCAUGGCCAUAUCUUCCGGAUUCGAAAAAUUAAAUUUGGGUGUAGUAGAAGGAAAGGCCAAGGUGAUAGGAACAAUAAUUGGAAUUGGUGGGGCAAUGUUGUUGACCUUUUUCAAAGGGAUAGAAAUUGAUAUUUGGUCUUCCAAAAUCAACCUUAUGCAUCCACAUCACAGCCAAAAUGGACAUACUCGGAGUAAAAUGUUUGGGAUUUCAUGUGCCAUAGCAAGCUGCUGCUCUUUUUCUUUGUGGUUCAUCAUUCAGGCUAAGAUGAAUGAAGAAUACCCAAGCCAUCACUCAACCUCAGCUUUAAUGUCCACAAUGGGAGCGACACAGGCCAUUGUUCUUGCUCUUUGUGUUGACAGGGAUUGGAGCCAAUGGAAGCUCGGUUACAAUAUCAGGCUUCUAACUGUGGCUUAUUCGGGAAUUGUGACCUCUGGAAUAGUAAUUAUUGUUACUGCAUGGUGCAUAAAGAUGAGAGGCCCACUAUUUGCGUCUAUUUUCAAUCCUCUACAGCUUUUGCUUGUGGCUGUCGCUGCUUAUUUGAUGUUGGAUGAGAAGUUAUAUUUAGGAAGUGUGCUUGGAGCAGUGCUGAUCGUGUGUGGCCUAUACGCGGUGCUUUGGGGUAAGGGCAAAGAAAUGAAAAAGAAGACACAGUCAGUUCCAUUUGAAAAUGAAGGCAUUAGGAGCUCAGUAGUUGUUAGUAGUUAUUAG